AUGUCUGACUCUAAAGAAGUUCGCGAGGAGGCUGUACAGCCUCGCUCCCUCUCUCUGAAAACCACCGACGAUGUCAACCGCAUCGAGGCGCCCGUAACAUGGAAGGCGUACUUGAUGUGCGCAUUUGCUUCGUUCGGCGGUAUCUUCUUCGGGUAUGACUCGGGCUACAUCAAUGGAGUUCUCGGAGCAGACAUCUUCAUCCGGGCAGUCGAAGGACCGACUGCGGAUGCCCUCAGCUCCUCGCACCAAUCGCUCAUCGUCUCGAUCCUCUCAGCUGGCACUUUCUUCGGAGCUCUCAUUGGCGGAGACAUGGCCGACUUCAUUGGCCGCAAGUGGACGGUCAUCAUGGGCUGUAUGAUUUACAUGUUCGGUGUCAUCAUCCAGAUGAUUACUGGGGAGGGAGAUGCACUAGCAGCUAUCGUUGCUGGGCGUCUCAUUGCUGGUAUUGGGGUUGGUUUCGAAAGUGCUAUCGUGAUUCUCUACAUGAGUGAGAUCUGUCCCAGAAAAGUCCGUGGCGCCCUCGUUGCCGGAUACCAAUUCUGUAUCACCAUCGGUAUCAUGCUUGCUUCUAUCGUUGUCUACGCCACCGAGGAUAGACGGGAUACCGGCUCUUACAGAAUCCCAAUCGCCAUCCAGUUCGCAUGGGCCAUCAUCCUGGCUGGUGGUCUCUUCACUCUGCCUGACUCACCGCGCUAUUUCGUCAAGAAGGGUCGACUGGAGGAGGCCUCGAUCUCGUUGUCGAAACUCCGCGGCCAACCACGCGAUUCCGACUAUGUGCAAAUCGAGCUGGCCGAGAUCGUCGCCAAUGAGGAAUACGAGCGAGCCAUCAUCCCCUCUUCGGGGUGGUUCUCCAGCUGGGCGAAUUGCUUCAAGGGAGGGUUGUGGGUCCAGAAGUCGAAUCUGCGCAGGACCAUCUUGGGCACUUCUCUGCAAAUGAUGCAACAAUGGACUGGCGUGAACUUCAUCUUCUACUACUCGACACCUUUCCUACAGAGCACCGGGGCGAUAGACAACACGUUCCUCAUCUCCCUGAUCUUCACCUUGGUCAACGUUUGCAGCACACCACUCUCGUUCUACACCGUCGAGAAGUUUGGACGUCGUCCCCUCUUGGUCUGGGGCGCACUAGGCAUGUUGAUCUGCCAGUUCCUCGUCGCCAUUAUCGGUGUGACCGUUGGGUUCAACCACACGCACCCGGAUCCGGCCGAUGCGGAACUCAGCCUUGCGGACAAUAUCGCCGCAGUCAACGCUCAAAUUGCCUUUAUUGCCAUUUUCAUCUUCUUUUUCGCGUCCACGUGGGGUCCCGGGGCGUGGAUCGUGAUUGGAGAGGUCUUCCCUCUGCCUAUCCGUUCCCGCGGUGUUGCCUUGUCGACGGCAUCGAACUGGCUGUGGAACACGAUUAUCGCCGUCAUCACGCCCUACAUGGUCGGUGAAGAGCACGGCAAUCUCAAAUCCUCCGUCUUCUUCAUCUGGGGUGGCCUCUGCACGGCGGCCUUUGUCUACGCGUACUUCCUGGUCCCGGAGACCAAGGGCCUGACCCUCGAGCAGGUCGACAAGAUGAUGGAAGAAACCACACCGCGCACCUCGGCCAAGUGGAAGCCGAGCACCACGUUUGCGCAGAGUAGGGCCCGGGACGGCGUGUUGGAGAAGUCGUUUAUCGACGAUGUCGCGCGACGUGGGUCGGCGUUUUAA